UUGGUUGCGAGUCGGGAUUGGGGUGUAGUAGUUUUCAGUAAGUUGGUAAUCGCGAUCGUGUUCAGUAUUAUUUAUGAGUUAUUUUGCCGCAUGUUGAUUACGAGAUAAUGUCAGAAAAAAGUUAUAGCAACUGUCCAUUGAAAAAAAGACCGGUUCAGAUUGUAAGCCGCGAUGAAUUUGUUGGAUGCGAUGUCGAAGAUCGAGAUAUUCAGCCAAUCGAUUUGUCGGCUACUAACAAAUGUGAGUCUUUUGAUCCGGGAGAGGAAGCAGUUUACUUUCAUCGAUGGUCACCUCAACAGACGAGCCGCUCGACGCUUUCGUAUUCUCUGGCUAAAGAUUUCUUGGAGAGACCAGCAAACAAUCGGCAAUCAUUAAUACACCUACGAGAAAGUUCGAUUUCUCCACCUGCUGUUUCUAUAAAUACGUUUCCUUUGGAUUGUUCCUUGCCCCAGGACCAAUUCUAUCUUAAUCAUAACAAUAAUGUGGUGAGGAGCGAAAGCUCUGAAAAUGGUCAUAGACCGCUAAUCUCGCCUUCUUUAAGUCAUAUAUCCUUCAGUUCGGUACAUUCUGAUAACACAAACUCAAAUUCAGAACCAGAAGACCUGAGCGUAAACCAGGGAAGUAAUAUCGGACAUUCAAUCAAUUUUAGACGCAAUGCACACAAAAUUCAAAUGGACCGGAGUGGUAGUGUGAAUAAUCGCGAAGAUCGGUACUAUCAGUGCACGAACUGUAAAAAAUGUUACUCAACCGCGGCAGGAUUAGUUAAACAUGAACAAUGCCAUUUGAUGCCACAAGAUUUGAGUAAGGCAAAUUUUGAAGAAAAUGUAGGGAUAGUGCGGAGUGUUCAUUUCGAUGAUGUUAAGGGAAAUCAAGGCGUCAGGCCUCAUGGAGGACCACGCUAUCAAUGCCCAGACUGCGGAAAGUCGUAUUCAACUUAUUCGGGGUUGACGAAACAUCAGCAGUUUCAUUGUCCUGCUGCUGAGGGGAACCAAGUUAAAAAGUUUUUCAAUUGUAAAAAUUGCGAUAAAGUUUACGUAUCAUUGGGAGCUCUGAAAAUGCAUAUACGAACCCACACAUUACCGUGUAAGUGCCCACUAUGUGGAAAGGCAUUUUCCCGGCCGUGGCUUCUGCAGGGUCACAUUAGAACGCACACGGGCGAAAAACCCUUUAGUUGUCAACACUGUAAUAGAGCGUUUGCUGAUCGAUCUAACUUACGUGCUCACCUCCAGACUCAUUCAGAUGUUAAAAAGUAUUCUUGCUCCUCUUGUUCUAAAACUUUUUCGAGGAUGUCUCUCCUUGGAAAGCACUUGCAAAGUGGAUGUCCAGGUAAUUCUGUGAAUGAUCAAGCCAGUGGGACACAGAUCAAGUGUGACUAUGCUGGCGUUGAUCAGUCACUCUAUUAUGCGUCCACUGUGCCGGGAUCUUACACGAUAUUACAAAGUCCAGAGUAUCCAAUUCACCAGGAGUUUACAUCAGUGGAGAGUCACCGUUAUAAAGAGGAUAUUCACGCCUUUUAGAUACGAAAGGGAGACGUACUUGGAGCAUAUAUACUCAUACUCAUUUUCAAUUAAACGUGAAAAACAAAAGGAGUAAUUCAAAUAUAGCAGAUACUAAACAAAAUUGUACCCAAGAAAACUAUUUCGGAAAAGAAUUAUACCAAAAAUUUGUCUUUAUUUUCGUGCACAAUUUACUUUUAAUUUUUUAGACCAGGACUGUUUAUCGUUUUUAUUAAUUGCUUUCUUUUUUAAUAUUUAUUGUACGAUUUACUAUGUAAAUUUUCUUACUUAUGUAAAUAGCACUAUUUCGAAUCGAAUUGAUUUCAGUUUGGACGCAAGUUAAUUUUGUAUUUAUUUUAGUUUUAUUUCUAGUCAAUCUCGCGAUCUCGUUAAUUCAUUUAUUAAUUUAUUUAUCCACUAAUUUUAGAUGAGCAAUUUAAGCCUUCGUUCUUUUGUUACUUUCUGUAAUGAUAGGUAUUUAAUUUAUAAUCAUUGCUCGCGUGCCUUUCUGAAGUACAGUUUGCCUACACAAUCAUCUAGUUUCUUGAAGUCUUUGAUUUUUUAUUUCAGUAAACUGGAUUGUGAGUA